AUGUUUGGCCAACGACAAACCCGUCAACGACGAAAAAGCCCCACACCACCUCCUAUGACUCGCGAUGAAGCUCUGCGUAUCAGUCAAGGCCUUGGUCUCCUCGAGCGUUCACAGCCUCCAGCCCCCCUCCUCUCUGAGACAGACGACGAUGCAGACAACAAUAAUGAGUGGGAAGACAUACCUGAAGUACCUUGUACCCACGAAGAAAUCAGGCCGGACUCACCAGGCGAUCAAUAUGCAAAACAUCAGAGAUCUCUUCGACAUGCUGAAGCCCGAGCUAGGAAUCAAAGCAAGUGGAUGGCCCUUGAAGCUCAACUUACUGCCACAUAUCUUCACCUCCAGUCCUUCACGCAGAAUUGGACCAAGCAAAACUCGUAUCUGACCAAUGAGAUUAAAUGCCAGUGUCCACCUGAAAAAUUCCGACGACGUUGUGUUGACUUUGUUGACAUUCUUAGUCAUGCCAGAAAACGUCGGGUCACAUUUUGCGACUGUGUACCAGACGUUAUCCGUCUGCUUCAUCUCGGUUAUAUCGCUGGAUCUCCCCAUUUCCCUCGCACCGCCUUCUCUAUCCGGCUUCUCCAGUUUCAACAUCACCUCUGGAACCACACUUCAAUAUCAAUUUCCGGAUUUAUCGACGCACUCAUGUCAUUUCUCGAUGUACAGUGCCCAUCUAGAUUGACACCUCAACAAAUCAAGGGCAAUUACAAGAAGAACACCGAUGCUCAAGCAAAGGACAUCAAGCUUCGAGAACUCUACCCUGACAAGUUUAUAGGUGUACUAUAUGACAUUGGCUGCCACUUAGGCGCGCAUAUCGCAAAACGACUGUGGCUUCAAAACCGAUACCAAAAUGCAGUGAAGGUUUUGAGCGAAGCUCAAUCUGCACUAACUAUCCUAUAUGGAACGACCAAUCCAGCUGCACCUGGCCAAAACUAUUCAGCCGAAUUUUUUCGUGGGCAAUGGACUUUGGAGCGAGAAGCAUAUUCCAGUAAAGAAGCAAUCUUACAGAGGCAGAAGUUGGAGCUUGGUCGACUGCUAUCCUUAAAAGAAGAGCUAGAUACUGCAUGGACAAUGUUAACAGAAAUUGUUUUGGACAGGUCGCUGCCCGUAAUCACAGCCGAACAGUCUAUUGUCCGUCUUCGAACAACAGCAGAGCUCCAAGAGAAAAUCGAGAAGCAGGUCGCAAGAGUAGGCACAGCAAAUGUUCCAGUGGAUGACGAGGAGGAGGCAUUCCUGAAGCUCUGGUACAGCAAACACGAAGUUGGACUGAGGUUUAUUGCCAUAUGUGAAGAAAAGAGACCACUUCAACAGAGUCGCUCAGAUGGACAUUCAUCAAAUCUAGGUCAUAAGGGUCAGACAAACCUCCUCCUGGCGGUUCGGAGGCACACAGUCCAGCUUAUGAAAAUUGUCGACACAUAUCGCACUCGACGGGCAGAAUAUCACGCAGAAUAUCCACAUCGUCAGCUCCCUGAAGACAUCGAAUACACCGAAUUACUUCAUAUCAAAGCCGAUCACCCUUUCUGGAAUGAUUCACUCUUCACCAAAAUUGACGCACCUUGGGCAGUGGAUCCAAAGACAAGGCUAGGGAUGCAACAGAUUGCGUAUGCUGAUCGAGCAAAAGAAGAGCUCAGGCGUCUCGGCUGGGAGGCUCGCCGAGCUAUGCGUUGGGCAACAACUACCCACCAUCGCAACCUCACCACUCUCCUUGCUCUACAGUCUGACGAACCCGACCUUGCACUUCCUAUUGUUUCUCACCAAACUCUUUCACAUCUACCACCACAGUUUCGUCGAAGCGCAGCUGCCGUUGUCAUCAAGAAUGCGUUUGUUAAAAUCACAAACACUCAGCUCUUAUGGCACGAAGGGCUACUCGAAGUCUUUUCUCGAACACAAAGCCAAACCGGUGAUGAAGAGCUCAAGAGAACUUGGGACAGUCAACUAGAUCACAUCUCAAAACUCCAUGAAGAAGAGUUCAGGGAAGGGGAACGACUUCAAAUUCAGAACGGCGUUAAAUUCAAGGUGAAAUUUAACGCUGAAGUAACCAAACCAAAGAGUAUGUCAAUCAUACCUCGAUCUUGA